UCUACUGCGCAUGCUCCCCAGCAUCCCGGAAGUUUUGAAUCACACCAACGGCUGUAGCUGAAAGUUGUGAAACGCUUUUUGUGCUUGUUUUUCAACCCGGAGAGGCAAACAAUACCACGUGUACCUCCACUACAGCUCCGGGGGGGACCCGGGGUGAAGCUCCCUCUCCAGUCCCGACAGAUGAGCACAUGUCCGGCUUCGACCUCGCCCGAGUGGACGGUGACGGCGGCGGGGCUCCGAUCCACCUGCCGCCGGGGGAGACGGUGCUGGGCAGGGGGCCCUUACUGGGAGUCAGCGACAAGAGAGUGUCCCGACUCCACGGGCUGCUGGAGAACCUGGACGGACAGCUGCGUCUCAAACCGACCCACCUGAACCCGUGCUUCGUCCAGUCGACCCCGACCGACGACCCCCGACCUCUGCAGAGGGACGCCUGGCACCGCCUCCAUCACGGAGCCCGGUUCUCUCUGCUGCCGGGGCAGUUCGUCUUCCAGGUGGCGGCUGUGGGCGGAGGAGACCGCACCCCCAGAAACAGUCAGACGUUGGAAGAAGAAGAGCUUCCCGAUGUGGAGCCUCAGCCUCCCGUCGGACAGACGCCGACGCCACCAGCGGCUCCGUCGAACCGGCGGGACGCCGCCAACGAGGACGACGGGGACGACCUGGACGACCUGGACGCCGCCAACGGGAACGACGGGGAUGACCUGGACGCCGCCAACGGGAACGACGGGAACGACGGGGACGACCUGGACGCCGCCAACGGGGGUUCCAACAAGGGAGCGACUGCUCGUCCGAAAGCAGUUCAGGUCGACCAGCGGGACGACGCUCCGUCUGGAACCGGGAGAGUUCUACCUGCGUGGAUGAUGGCGGCGGUAGCACACGCCGCCUCCUCCUCCUCCUCCUCCUGCAGCCCAAAAGUUCAGGCAGCUGGGAAGAGAAGCAAAGGCCCCAAACCAGCAGCUGCCAAACAGGCCACGCCCACCAAUACCUCCUCACCUGAGGAGGCGGAGCUCUGCGGGGAGGAGAUGCCGAGGAAGAGGAGGAGGAAAACGAGGGACGAGGAAGAGGAAUCGGCGCAGUCUAAAACGGAUGUUCCUCCGGAGCGGCGCCGAGCGCGGCUUCAGAGCCAAUCCAAGAGGGCCGAGGUGAGCGCCGAGCUCCACGUCUUCACCGCGAAGGAGGAGGAGAAGAAAGACGAGGAAGAGGAGGAGGAGGAGGAGGAGGACAUAAUCAGCGCCACACGGGCGAAUUCAACCAGCCGAUCUGAGGCCAAAGGAGCCGGAGCUCGGCUGAGAGCGCCGUGUCCGUACGGGAGGAGCUGCUACAGGAAGAACCCGGCCCAUUUCCAGGAGUGCAGUCACCCCGAUGACCCCGACUACGAGGAGGAAGAGGAGGAGGAGGAGGAGGAGGACGACGAUCGGCCCGAGUGCCCCUACGGCACCGACUGCUACAGGAAAAAUCCUCUUCACAGGAAAGAAUGCAAACACACCAAGAAACCAGGUCGCGCCACGCGCAACGCCCCCAAGAAGACCGUCGGCGAAGACGACGAAGACGACGACAGCUUCAUCGACGACGACAGCGAGGACGCGGGCGACGACUCGGACUACGCGCCUCCCGUCUCGGACGACAGCGGCGAGGAGGCGAAGGCCUUCGUGAAGAGGAGGAAGACUCACCGGUCCACGGCGAUGGCGAGCAGCGCGUUGGUGGACACGUAGAGCGACGCGGUGCGC